AUUCAAAAGUAUAACCCACACCUACAUAGUACAUACACAUACUCCAUAGUAUUAUUUGCUUUUAAACCUAGGCACAAUAAAAUGGAUCUCGUCAAAGCCCAUGGCGAGGUAUACAACCACCUCUUUGCUUACGCAGACACCCUAGUGCUAAGAUCUGCUGUAGAGCUCCACAUCGCAGAUAUCAUACACUCGCACGGCCAACCAAUGAGCAUAACCCAAAUAGCCUCAAAACUCGAGUCAUCUCCCUCCCCAAAUAUCCCCUACCUGACACGUGUAAUGCGUGUACUAGCCCGUAACAAAAUCUUCACCGUCGAAAAUAAAAAAGAAAACAUAAACAUAACACCCUUGUACGGUCUAACCGAAACAGCAAAGUGUUUGUUACACGAUCAAGAGUUAAGCUUUGCUCCGACCCUUUUGACCUUCACCGACCCUUCGAUCAUGGCCGGGUGGUACGAGAUAGGCCGUACGAUCAAGGAAGGUGGGACCCCAUUUGUGAAAGCUCAUGGGGAAUCGUUCUGGGAGAUGACACGUGAAAAUCCUGAGUUUAAUAAGUUGUUCAGUAGUGGGAUGAGUGCUGUUACUAAGCCUGCAUUAGAUGCUAUAAUUAAAGGGUUUAAGGAUGAGUUUAGUAGGUUGGAGGGUAGUCUUGUUGAUGUUGGAGGUGGGACCGGAUAUUUAGUGGCAAAUAUUGUUGAAGCAUAUCCUCAUAUUAAAGGUGUUAACUUUGAUCUUCCUCAAACUAUUGUAAAUGCUCCUCAAUACCCUGGUGUCACUCAUGUUGGUGGUGACAUGUUUGAUCGGAUUCCUCCUGCUGACAAUGUUAUCAUUAAGUCUGUUUUACAUGAUUGGGGGGAUGAAGAAGCAUUGAUAAUCCUAAAAAAGUGUCAAGAAGCAGUUGCCCAAAAGAAAGGAAAGGUGAUUAUUGUUGAAAUUGUUCUUCAUCCAGAUCGACAUUUGAUGUCCGAUAAUGCAGCUAUUGCCAUUGAUCUUUUAAUGAUGGUUAAUUGCGGUGGUGCAAAAGAAAGAACUGAAGAUGAAUGGAAGAUUUUGUUGAACAAAGCUGGGUUUACUCACUUCAACUUCAUCCCACUUCAAGCUACACUCUCCUUUUCCAUUAUCGAGGCCUUUAAUUAGUGCCAACGUCUCAUCUGUCUUGUUUUACUUGCUCUAUUUUGACCGGAAAAAUUAACUCUCGCAAAAUUGGUCAAAUAGAAAAAAUAAAAUGAAGCGGAAGGGAGUAUAAUUAAGUCAAUUUCAACGUCUUCAACAAAUAAAAUAAUAUACCGAUAAUACAAACAAUGCGGAGUAUUUAAGUUGUUACUAGCUUUGUAUUAGAAUCCAACAAUCUUUUACUUGUGAUUUUCUUUAUCUAAUGUUUUCUAGUAUUUUUUCUCUUAAGUUUUUAGGCUUUUGAUUAGAUUAUUAUAUUUCUGUCAAUCAAGUGUUUACUGAUGUAGUUUUUCGUUUAUUCAAAAUAAAUCUCUGUAAGAUAUAAUUUUAGGACGACGCCGCUCCCUCCUCGUCCCCCCCCCCCUCUCAAACCAUAGCUUUCGUAAGCAAAUUUUGAAUGGGCUUCCAUUGAUUAUAAUAAGUGGAAAUUUGAUAAUUCGGUUGUUUU